GGAGUCGCCAUGCGGAGGGCGCUUGGGUUGCUCUGGCUGCUGCUGCCGGGGCUGGCGGCGCAGGAGCCGAUCAGCGUGGGCCUGGCCAUCGGCGUGGCCUGGGCGCUCACCAGCUUCCUCUCCCACCCCCGCUUCUACUGCAGCUACGUGGAGUGCUGCCCCGCCGCCGAGCAGCGCCUCAACGCCACCGCGCUGAAGGUGCAGCUGGAGUCCAGGCUCUUCGGGCAGCACCUGGCCAGGGAUGUGGUCCUGAAGGCGGUGCUGGGCUUCAGCACCAACCCCGGCCGCAAGAAGCCGCUGACGCUGUCGCUGCACGGCUGGGCUGGCACCGGCAAGAACUUCCUCAGCCAGCUGCUGGUGGAGCACAUCCACCCUGCUGGCCUGCGCAGCAAGUUCGUCCACCUCUUCCUGCCCACCCUCCACUUCCCCCACGACAGCCAAGUGAAGCUCUACAAGGACCAGCUGCAGGCCUGGAUCCGAGGCAAUGUCAGUGCCUGUCCCCACUCUGUCUUCAUCUUUGAUGAGAUGGACAAGAUGCACCCAGGCCUCAUCGAUGCCAUCAAACCCUUCCUGGACUACUACGAGCAGAUCGACGGAGUGUCCUACAGGAAGGCCAUCUUCAUCUUCCUCAGCAAUGCAGGGGGGGACCUGAUCAACAAAGCAGCUCUGGACUUCUGGCUGAGCGGGAGGCGGAGGGAGGAGAUCCAGCUGAAGGACCUGGAGCCCGCGCUCUCCGUGGGGGUCUUCAACAACAAGAACAGUGGGCUGUGGCACAGCAGCCUCAUCGACAGGAACCUCAUCGACUACUUCGUUCCCUUCCUGCCGCUGGAGCGCCGCCACGUGGCGCUGUGCGUCAGGGCCGAGAUGCAGGCCCGCGGCUACCUGGUGGACGAGCAGGUCGUGCAGGCGGUGCUGGAGGAGAUGACCUUCUUCCCCAGGGAGCAGAAGCUCUUCUCUGACAAGGGCUGCAAGACUGUGCAGGCCAAGCUGGACAUCCACGAGGGAGCCGCGGCGGGGGCGGCCGGAGCCGGGCGCUGA